GAGUAGAAAUCAUACUGAGUGCUGUGGCAUAAAGAUUAUAAGUAAGGUGGUGAGCCUAGUUUACUCUGUUCAAGAUAAGAUGAGAUCAAUUUGUUUGGGAAUAAUUUGGAUCUUCACUAUGCUUUCAUACCUCAAGUGCUUGUUUCUUCCUCUGAUCUUCUAUACUGCCGUUCUAGGUAAUCAAACUCCGGCAUUUGAUGAUUUGAUUUCUUCGAAAUUCCAUUCUUCUACAAAGAAUAGUACAGCUUUGGUACCUCUUGAUGGGCGUUCUUUGCUGAAGUCUUGGCUAAGUCCAAGAGUGCUCACCUGUGAAGACCCUGGAUAUGGUCUUUGUCCUAGCAACCUAGGCUGUUGUCCCAAAGACGAAAGUUGCUGUGAAAGUAGCUUCUGCGUCAAGCCUGGAGAGAGUUGUUGCCAAGGUUUCACAUGCGAAGUUGGAUGGAAUUGCUGCACUUAUCCCUAUUGCUAUCCAGAUGGAGGUAAAUGCUGUUCAGAUGGAAGCUAUUGCACUGCUGGAAAUAUCUGUGUGAAUGUAGGGGGAAGCAUUAAAUGUUGCACAGAUUUAACAUGUUCUGGACAUGCCUCUGGUAGCUUAACUAUCAGUACACCUAGUGCCACUGCCGCUCUUACGAUCCUUCCAUCGUCAAUUACAAACGUCCCAGAACCAUCCAUCACUUUGAGCCCCACACCAUUCUAUGAAUAUUAUUAUUACACAAUCACAUGGUAUUACUGGAGCUACUACUAUUACUACUACACAAUUCAUCUAGACCUAAGUACCUCUACAAGCUCAACCCAAAUAACAACUACUACCACAAUCUCCGUCUACGAAACCAACUCCGCAGCCGCUUCAUCCAGCUUCAAACAGUUCUCUGCCACUCUCUCACUCCCAACUCCUACUGCUGCAACACUUCCCACACAAACUUCACCAAGCUCGACCACACAAACUGAACAAACCACUGAUUCUCACACUGAAGUCAGCGUAGAUACAGAAUUUGUAAGAGGAACUGGGCCAGCUUUCUAUAGCAUCUUUGGCACAUCUUCUACAGCAACUAGCUCUGUGAUCACGGGAUCAAGUAGUUCAUCAACGGCUACUUCACCGCCGGCAGAGGCUACAGUUAGUGGUGCUGCUGGAAUGAGAAUGAAUGGACACUUUUGGUCUAUUACGGGCUUCACGGUUUCUGGUGCUUGUAUUAUUGCAUUGUGGUUGCUCUGAACUAGAGAUAUUUUGUUGUCAUCUGGUUUGUAAUCUUGUACACGAUAUUGGAGGGGUGUUAGCGGUUGAAUUGGAUGUAGUACAGUUUCAAUAUUUGGUAUAUGUCGUUCUUAUUUGCACUGGAUAUUUAUCUGUUCGUCUACAGUCUUUAGGAAGAUUAUUUCCUAUAUGCAUAUAUUUCUAAGAUCUUCAGCAGGAAAUAUCUAUCUAUACACUGGUAACAGGAUUUCUGUAUUUUAUUACCUGCCUGGAUACCUCAGAGGUUAGCAUCUAACGACUUUUAUUUAAUGAUCUUGAGGUUAUGAACACAAUAGAAAGCACA